GAGGCUUCCUUGGGGAGAGGAAGUCUCUUGCUGCAUGCUGAGGUGUGGGUCUCAUGAGCCAGUGGUGGGAGUACCCAGCUCUGCCAAGAGGGCCAGGGGAGAGGGCCAUCCUCAAGGCCAAGGCUAUCUGUGGAGGAGGGAGAACUGGACGCCUGGCCAAGCCUGCGGGGCCUAGACGAAGCCUGCAGCUCAGAGGAGCUCCCACUCUACGUGCUCUAACCUGGACCUUCGCCCCCACUCCUACCUCCGCUCCGGCUCCUCCAGCCAUGGACUCAGCAGCCAGGGACAAAAUGCAGCCCGCACUUCCCUCUGGCUCUUCCUGCCCAGGGCCUGAGUGGCCGGAGCAGGAGAGGGCGGAGCAGCUGGCCCGGGGUGCAGCACUCAAGUGGGCCUCGGGUAUCUUCUACCGGCCAGAGCAGCUGGCCAGGCUCGGCCAGUACCGUAGCCGCGAGGUGCAGCGUACCUGUUCCCUGGAAGCACGCAUCAAGUCGGUGGUGCAGUCGUACCUGGAGGGCGUGAAGACCGGUGUGCGGCAGCUGGCCUGGGCCCUUGAGGCCGUGCAGGGAGCCCGCGAAGCCCUGGGCCAGGCUCAUGUGUUGCUCCAGGGUAUGGCUGAGGCUGCACAGACCCUAGAACCCCUGCGGGAGCAGGUUGUGCAACACAAGCAACUGCAGGCCAUGUCUCAUCUGCUGCCCCGGCUGCGAGCUGUGCCUGCUGCAUUGGCCCACACACAGACCCUGAUUGAUGCCCAGCGACUCUUGGAGGCAUAUGUGAGCCUUUGGGAACUGGAGCAGCUGCAAGAGGAGACGUGGGCACCUCUCGGGGGCCUGGAGUUGCCAGUGUUCGAGGGGCUGGGCCCUCUGGCUGAGGCUCUGGGCCAGGCUGUGGAGGCGGCUGCAGGGGCUGCAGGGCGGCUGGCACGGGAGGACCCAGCCCUGCUGGUGGCUGCUAUGCGUGUGGCCGAAGUGGACGCUGGGCGCACAACCUCCCUGGAGCAGGCCGCCCGAGACUGGCGGCAGCGCUGUCUGCGGGCACUACAGGAGGGCUUGGAGCGGAUCCACUUUGGGACACCUCUGCAGCCUGGGCCAGGGGCACUAGCAGAGUGGCUGGAGGCUCUGCGGGUGGCUCUACCAGCAGAGCUGGCCGCGGCUGAGGCACUGGUAGCACCCUGCUGCCCACCACACUACAACGUGGUCCGGCUGUGGGCCCACACCCUGCACAGUGGCCUGCGCCGCUGCCUGCAGCAACUUCUGGAAGGGCCUCAGCUGGAAGCUGCCGACGCCUUCACCUUGCUGCAUUGGGCACUGCAUGUGUACCUGGGGCCAGAAAUGAUGGGGAGCCUGGAAUUGGGGCCCGAGGCUGACGUGUCUGAUCUGGAGCCUCUCCUGACCCUGGAGAACAUCGAGCAGUUGGAGACAAUAUUUGUGGCCAAAGUCCAGGCAAGUGUGGCCCAGUGGCUGCAGAAGGCACUGGACGGGGAUGUAGCUGAGUGGGGCCGAGAGCAGGAGCCUGACACAGACCCAUCUGGCUUCUACCACUCACCAAUGCCAGCCAUCGUGCUGCAGAUCCUGGAAGAGAACAUUCGCGUGACCAGAAUGGUCAGUGAGUCACUGCAGCGGCGGGUGCAUGGCAUGGCACUGUCAGAACUGAGCGCAUUCCUGAGGAGCUUUAGUGAUGCUCUGAUCCGAUUCUCCCGAGACCACCUCAGGGGGGAAGCAACGGCCCCUCAUUACGUGCCCUACCUACUGGCCACCCUCAACCACCAAUCAGCACUCAGCUCCUCCGUGUCCGUCCUGCAGCCCGACUGGGUGGCUCCAGGGGCCUUGGCUCCGGUGGAGGCAGCGCUGGACGAGUUGCAGAGGAGGAUCUGCCUCCUGGUGUUGGAGGCGCUGCUGGCGGAGCUACAGCCCCUAUUCGCUGCUCUGCCCUCUCGCCGGUGGCUGUCGAGCCCAGAGCUGCUGGAUGACGUGUGCGAGCGGACCGCGAGCUUCUGCCAGGACUUCCGACACGUGCGGGAUCCUGCGGUCCAGCUGCUGCUGGCCGAGGCGGAGCGUACCGUGGUGCUGCAGUACCUACGUGCGUUGAUGCAAGGCCGCCUAGUGUGCCGCGGUGCUGACGAGCGGACCCAGGCGGCCGAGCGCCUGCGGCACGAUGCCGCCCAGCUUCGGGAGCUUUUCCUCGGUUUGGUGAGAAUCUGGGGCCUGGAGGAGAGCGUUCAGUGCGCGCCAGUGCUGCUCGCCUUGAGGGAGCUGGUAAACCUCCGCGACCCCACGCUGCUUGGUCUCGAGGUGGCAGGCUUGCGGCAACAAUUUCCCGACGUGAGGUGCGAAGACGGGCCGGGAAUGGAGGAGGGACCCAGGGGGGGCUGGGCGGGGCUGACACACCUGUACUCCAUAGCGAGGAUCACGUCUCCGCCCUCUUGGACCUGCGCGGGGACGUGUCCCGAGAGCAGCGCCUGGCCGCACUCAGCUCUCUGCAGGCCGGCCCGCAGCCCUCGCCCCCAGCGGGUGGACGCGCACUCUUCAGCCUCGUGCCAGCACCUGCACCCCCGCUGUCCUCCUGCCUCCCCUCGGGGUCCUGUGCCUGACCCCCGGCUGCCCGCAGAAUAAAGCCA